UGUGUGUGUGUUCAGGUUCUCUGCAGAGUACAGAUGUAUUCCAUCCCCUUUGCGAGGUGUCUGGGAAUAUCCAUGAUUCCUCUGGUAGUUCUGAGCACUAUAGCCAGUCUGCUGCUGCUUUUCCCCAGCAUGCAGCACCGCUACCUGGCUGAAGGUCACAUAACCCCAGAGGCUCGGUACUGCACGGGGAUAUGGCUCUCUGGAUUUGUGGUGCUUGUGGCUGCUCGAGGCUUUGCAUCACGCUAUAUGAAAGAAGGACACUGUCUAUUCAGAGCUGAUAUGAUGUGUCGGCUAGCGUACACGUGUGUGGCUGUGUUUGCUACUGGCUUCUGUUUUCUGUUUAAUACUAGUGGACUAACCAAGGGACCUCUGUGUCUGUACAAUGGAACCAAUGGUCAAGAGUGGGGCAGACCUCUGCAACGUGAGAAUACAGAAGAGAUCAGUUAUUUGUAUGUGCCUGAGCGCUGGGCGUCUGCCUGUAUUGAACCUCAUGGCAUUGUGAUGUGGAACAUGGUGCUCUUCUCUAUGAUCAUGACGACUAGUGGACUCCAGGCUUUCAUCUGCACUGUGCAGAUCCUACACGCUAUAGUGGCCGUGAUUAUGGGGCCUGGCUUUCGUAAGAACCAGGUGGUUCCUGCUUAAAGAAACUGGAGGAGAAGUUUGUUUCAGCAAAAGUUCAGUGUUAAUUGUGUUUAAAGGGCUCGUGCUAUUUAUGACGAUGCUUUAGUUCCUGCUUGAAGCAUUUGAUAGAGAGACGAAGAUGAGACGAAGGCCUGUCUUGCUGCGCCAGGUUUGGUCACUAGUGCUUUAUUUUGCACAAACUACUGUACUACAUACUAUUGCGAUGAGUGAAUUUCCAAUAGGAGUGUACAGAUUUGACAUGUUUAAUAUGCUAGUUUUGGAUGCAGAGAGAUAAAGGUAGGAUUUCUAUAUUUUUGAGUGAAAUGCAAUUUAUGUAGCUUCCAAAAUAAAUCAUAUAUAAGAAUUUAAAAUUUUAAUGUAGUCUGCACUGAACCACAAGUAAAUAGCCUAAGGCAACAUUUCUUAAUCCUGGACCUGGAGGUACCCUGCCUUGCCCAUUUUAGUGGUUUACCUGCUUUCCCACACCCCCUGCAACUCUGAAAAGGCUUGUAAAUGAGAAAUAUACAUUUGGUAAAACUGGUAACACUUCCUAUGAAUCCUGCAUUCUUAAUGCAUUAUAAAUUAAUUUAUAAUGCAUAAUAUGGCAUACAUAAUACUAUAUAAUAAUGUACAUAUAACCAUCAUAAACUUGUACAAUAACUAAUAUCAUACAGGAGAGAGACAUAACCUUUUUAACUUCCAAUGGAAGUCAAUGUAAAAAGAAUUUAUUUCAGAUAAUUUAGAAGAAUUUCUAUUGGUCCUUUUAUCAAGAAAUUUUGAAGGAUUAUUUGUUGAUUUAAAUUUUGUAGUAAACUAAAAUCAACAAAAAUUGAGAUAAUUUUUUCAUACGUUUUUUUAUUGGACAUUGACGGUAUGUACUUACAGUGACAUACAUAGAAUUCUAUAAAGUACAAGGACAUGACUUUAUAAAGAGUGGGAUCAUAAGGACUUUUUAAUUUAUGAUAAAAAAACACAAAAAAUAUUAAUUUAAUUCAUUCAUGAAGACGUGUAC